AUGAAUUUACUAGAAGCCGAAAAAUUUCCUUUCCAACAAACAAGAUUUACGAGGACCAGCGACAUUCAAACUAUUAUUAAAUUGUUUUCACAAUUUAGCAAGGAAGAAUUAAUGAAAAAAAACCAAGAAGUAAGUAUUGCGGGGAGAAUGACCGGAAAAAGAAUGUUUUUUGCUGAUUUAACCGACCAAAGUGAAACCAUUCAAUUAAAAUUUAGCAGCGAAAACAAAAAAUUUGCGGAGUUAGACAACGGAGAUAUUAUUGGCGUUGUAAGAGGAAUUGUUUGUAGAACUGACACGCAAGAAAAAAAAAAUGAGCGAAAGUUAAGUGUGGAAGUAGAAGAAUUUAGUUUAUUAAGCAAAUGUUUAAGACCUAUUCCCAGUUCCUACUACGGCCUUAGUGAUACCGAGGAAAGAUUUCGCAACCGACCUUUAGAUUUUAUUGUUAAUAAGCAAAAGAAAGAGAUUUUUUUCCUUCGCCACCAGGUAAUCAAAAAUAUUCGCCAGUUUUUAGAGGAAAAAAAAUUCAUUGAAAUUGAAACUCCUAUUCUGGUUUCAGAAGCUUCCGGAGCACAAGCCAAGCCUUUCAUUACUCACCACAACAAAUUACACCGAGAUUUUUAUUUGCGAAUUGCCACUGAAAUACCCCUCAAAAAGUUGCUGGUAGGUGGUUUUGAAAAAAUUUAUGAAAUCGGUCGCAUAUUUCGUAAUGAAGGUAUUGAUGCUCGUCAUAAUCCCGAAUUUACUACUAUUGAGGUUUAUCAGGCUUACGAAAAUGCGGAAUAUAUGAUGAAUUUGACUGAGGAAUUAUUUCACUAUUUAGCCGAAAAAGUUUUUGAAAAGGAAAAAUUUACCUUUAAUUCUCACAAUAUUUCUCUCCAAAAACCCUUUCGCAGGCUAUCAAUGAUCGAAGCGAUUAAAGAACAUAUCAACAUAGAUUUUGCCAAAAUAAAUGGUUUGGAAGAAGCCUGUCAACUGGCUCAAAAAUUUAAUUUAAAAUUAGAGAAAUUUCAAAAAACCGUCGGGCAUGUUAUCUUGGCCUUUUUUGAGAAAUUUGUGGAAAAAAAUUUAAUUCAACCCACUUUUAUUUAUGAUUAUCCAGUAGAAGUUUCACCCUUGGCUAAAAGCAAGCCGGAGAAUGAAGAAAUUGCUGACCGAUUCGAACUUUACAUUGGCGGACUAGAAUUCGCUAAUGGUUAUAGCGAGUUAAAUGACCCUACAGAACAAAAAAAAAGGUUUGAAGAGCAAAGCAAACAAAAAGAAUUAGGGAAUGAAGAAAUUGCUAGUUUUGAUAAGGAAUUUUUGGAAGCAUUAGAAUAUGGUAUGCCGCCGGCAGGGGGAUUAGGAAUUGGGAUAGAUAGGUUGAUAAUGCUACUUACCGGUCAAAAUAGUAUUAAGGAAGUGAUUGCUUUUCCGCAGUUGAAAAAUAAAGAAAAAAACUUUGAAUAA